AUGGCAGCGACCAUGCGAGAGCUGACGAGCUUCGGCGACCUGGGCGCGCUCCUCAGCAGCGAGCGGGACGAGCUCAUCUUGCUCUGCGACUCCUGCGACCGCGGCCACCACACAUUCUGUCUCGAGCCGCCGCUCAGCGACAUCCCCGAGGGGGACUGGUACUGCCCCGACUGCGCGCCCACCGACCGUGCCGUGCGGGAGCGAAACCGGCGGUGCCGGCCAAAGAGCUACGAGGACGGCGGGCCGAGCGACGUGGACGAGACGUCCCAAGACUUGCUCCCGGCGCACGGCCAGAAGCGCAAGGACGUCGCGCGCGGCGGAGAGCGCUCGCGCAAGGGACGGCCGCCGCGGCGCAAUGUGCUCGAGUCCUCCAGCGGCGAGGAGGACUGAUGAGACGGAAGAGAGAGGGUGAGCGACAGCCACGCAGCGUGCGCGGCGUGGCCGGGUCCCAAUCUCUCCUGCAAAGCCGUAUAUAGCUGGUGUGAGAGCUCAUAGUCAGUAGAAAUAUCUCGUUUGCUAUCCAAG